AUGCCCAAAGCACCCAACAAGAAAUUCACCACAUCUUCGAAUGGUGGUGCCACCGUGUCUGCUGAAAAGCAUAUGAACUCUGUUUUCAAGUUUAACACCAACUUGGGCCAGCACAUCUUGAAGAACCCAUUGGUGGCCCAAGGUAUCGUGGAUAAAGCUGGCAUCAAGCCCAGCGACAUUGUGCUUGAAGUUGGUCCAGGUACCGGUAACUUGACUGUGAGGAUUUUAGAGCAAGCCAGAAAGGUUGUUGCCGUGGAAAUGGAUCCCCGUAUGGCAGCAGAAUUGACCAAGAGAGUCCAUGGAACUCCUCAACAAAAGAAGUUGGAAAUAUUAUUGGGAGACUUUAUGAAGACCGAGUUGCCUUACUUCGAUGUCUGUAUCUCCAAUACCCCAUAUCAAAUCUCGUCCCCCUUAGUGUUCAAAUUGUUGAACCAACCAAGACCUCCAAGAGUGAGCAUUUUGAUGUUUCAGCGUGAAUUCGCCUUAAGAUUGUUGGCUCGUCCUGGUGACUCCUUGUACUGUCGUUUAUCUGCAAAUGUCCAAAUGUGGGCUAAUGUCACUCAUAUCAUGAAGGUCGGUAAGAAUAACUUCCGUCCUCCACCUCAAGUUGAAUCUUCUGUGGUUCGUAUAGAAGUAAAGAACCCAAGACCCAAUAUCGAUUUCAAUGAGUGGGAUGGAUUGUUGCGUAUUGUUUUCGUCAGAAAGAACAAAACUAUCGCCGCCGGUUUCAAAUCCAAUAACGUGCUCGAAAUUUUGGAGAAGAACUACAAAACUUUUUUGGCUACCAACGACGACGCCAUGGUCGAUGACAAAGCAUCUAUGACCGAUGUUGUCAAGAGCAAGAUUGAACAGGUCUUAACUGAGACCGGCUUCUCUGACAAGAGAGCAUCUAAGUUGGAUCAAACUGACUUCUUGAAGUUGUUGUACGCUUUCCAUCAAGUUGGUAUUCAUUUUGCAUAG